UUUUUGGUGACGGUAGAGAGGAAAAAAAAAGAACCUAUUUAUCCUGCUUCACUUUGCUUUUAGUCCUUUACGCUGGAUGAGCCUACAUUUUUGGCAAUGGGCUGAAAGAAAAAGGGACGCAAACUGAGCACGAAGCUGCCCCAAGAGGGGAUGACUCGGCGACGCCGCUAGUCGCUUUACCCGGCGUGCUCCGCGCGGCGCCAGCGGAGGGACGUGGGGGGAGGGGCGGGAGGAGGAAGCGGCGGUGGCGGCGGUUGCGGAUGUCGCUGCGAACGAUCUGCGUCUGAACACACGGCGGCUGCUGAGCGCCCGACGCGGGCCUUUGCCUGGAGCCCACGCCGAGGUCCGCCGCUUCUCGACGGCCCUGCACCCGUUGCUUCUUAGGCAUUGUGCCCUGCAUUCUUCGCUGCCCGGGCCCGUCGGCUCUGGCGUCUCCUGACUUCUCCUUCGCCAGUUCCUUCUCGCCUGAGUCACCGCCGCCGCCGCCGCCAUGGCCGAGAGUGGUGAAAGCGGCGGCCCUCCGGGCUCCCAGGACAGCGCCGCCGCGGCUGAUGGUGCUGGCGCUCCCGCUGCCUCUGCAGAGCCCAAGAUCAUGAAAGUCACCGUGAAGACCCCGAAGGAGAAGGAAGAGUUCGCCGUACCCGAGAACAGCUCCGUCCAGCAGUUCAAAGAAGAAAUCUCUAAACGCUUCAAAUCACAUACUGAUCAACUUGUAUUGAUAUUUGCUGGAAAAAUUUUAAAAGAUCAAGAUACUUUGAGUCAACAUGGUAUUCAUGAUGGACUUACUGUUCACCUCGUCAUCAAAACUCAAAACAGGCCUCAAGAUCAUUCAGCUCAGCAAACAAAUACCACUGGAAGCAAUGUUACCACUUCAUCAGCUCCUAAUAGUAACUCCACAUCUGGUUCUUCUACUAGCAACCCUUUUGGUUUAGGUGGUCUUGGAGGACUUGCAGGUCUGAGUAGCUUGGGUUUGAAUACUACCAACUUCUCUGAACUACAGAGUCAAAUGCAACGACAACUUUUGUCCAACCCUGAAAUGAUGGUCCAGAUCAUGGAAAAUCCCUUCGUCCAGAGCAUGCUGUCAAAUCCUGACCUGAUGAGGCAGUUAAUUAUGGCCAAUCCACAAAUGCAGCAGUUGAUACAAAGGAAUCCAGAAAUUAGUCAUAUGCUCAAUAAUCCAGACAUAAUGAGACAAACAUUGGAACUUGCCAGGAAUCCAGCAAUGAUGCAGGAAAUGAUGAGAAACCAGGACCGAGCUUUAAGCAACUUAGAAAGUAUUCCUGGGGGAUACAAUGCUUUACGGCGCAUGUAUACAGAUAUUCAGGAACCGAUGCUGAGUGCUGCACAAGAGCAGUUUGGUGGUAAUCCAUUUGCUUCCUUAGUGAGCAGUACAUCCUCAGGCGAAGGUAGUCAACCUUCUCGUACAGAAAAUAGAGACCCAUUACCCAAUCCGUGGGCUCCACAGGCUUCUCAGAGUUCAUCGGCUUCCAGUGGUUCCACUAGCACUGUGGGUGGCACAGCUGGUAGUGCUACCAGUGCCACUGCUGGGCAGAGUACUACUGGGCCAAGUUUGGUGCCUGGAGUAGGAGGUAUGCUUAUAAGUCAUGCUUUCUCGUUGUUGUUCUCAUUUACAUGAAUAAUGAAAAUAAUGCUUUUAUUGUUACCUGUGGUUUCGCGUGUGUGUCCAGUAAUAUGCCUGCCUUUUAUGAUUAACAUACCCAUAUCAGUUCAUGUACUUAUUUUUUCUGCGGUCAGAAAAACGAAAGUCUGUACUCUUAGCAUUUUUCAAAUAUAGAGUAAUUAGUAAUUGUAGUCACUGUGCUGUACAGUAGAUCUCCAGAACUCAUUCAUGGAAAGAUUUUAAGCAGAGGAAUGGCACAACAUUUUUAAAGCAAUAAUAGGAUCAACCUAGUUACUAUUUGAAGAACAUACUGGAGAAGCCAGAAUUAAUAAAAAAAGUUUGAUUAUGAGGUCAUUCCAUUAACCCAGGACAUGAGGUAGAAAGUAGAAAAAUAAUUAGUGACAAAGAUGCAAGAAAGUAAUUUAAUAGUCCCACUAUGUAUUUGUUUUAAUUGAGAUAUAAUUCAGGUAAAAUAAAAAUGAUUUUAGAUAUUCAGUUCUACCUGCUUCAGUGAAUUUAUACAGCUAGGUUUCUGCCACUCUAAGACACAAAACAUUUCUGUAUUUAGUUCUUUCAACCAUAUAAGCAGCCAUUAAUCUUUUUGCCACUGUAGAUUAGUUUUCCCCGCUUUAGGAAUUCAUAUAAAUGGAAUUGCACAGUAUGUAGUCUUUUGUGUCUUAUUUCCUUUUACUUACUGUUUUUUAAAUCCAUCACAAUGUUGUGUAUCUCUCUAGCUUGUUCCUUAUUAUUGAAAAAUACUGCCUUC